AUUGGGCUGAUGUCGUGCUGGUUUUUAUCAACAGCUGUUCGCAUCAAGACAAAUAGUAGACACUUUCAAGCAGUACGAAUAGCAAACAAAAAAUCCUCACUUAGAGCAGAAAAUGGCCUACGCAACGGCUCUAUAUGAUCUACCAUCAGCUAUUAUUGGAGUGUUGAUAAUAGUUGAAAAUAUCAUCGUCUGUUAUAUUGUUUAUCGCUUUCGAAGCUUACGAACCUGGACCAAUGGAUUUAUCGCUUCGCUGGCCGUAUCUGACAUUCUGUUUGGAGCAAUUUUGGUGCCUUUUCAUAUCAUCGAUGAAACAGCUCCUGCUAAUGGUUACCUCAUCGCCAUGGUAUUACUAGUCAACAUCACAAAUUUACUUUCUACGACAUUUGACAGAUAUCUAGCUGUGUUGAAGCCAUUUGUUUAUGUGACUUUUAUGGGGAAAUCAUUUCGUCGUAUCGUUAUUACAGCCUGGGUAUUACCUAUAGUCAUUUCUCUUUUACCAUUGCUUUGGCACGCGAACCCAAUGACUACAAUCCACACCGUUUACUUAUUUUUUGUCCUAAUUUUAGGGAUUCUGAUCCCAUACGUUCUAAUAAUUCUAGCGUACAUAAGAAUUUUUCGGGAAGUUAUCAAACAAGUUCAAAAAGUCGCUAAAUUGUGCGGUGGCCGUGACAGACAUACUUUGCGAAAGCGACGAGACGCAGCAAUAAACGAAGGGAAAAGACUCGCAACUGAGGCUAAAGUGGCCAAAGUUUUCGCUGUAAUUACAGCCAUUUUUGUAGUGGGUUGGAUGCCCUUAGUUUACAUGACAAUAGUGGGAGCUCUGCACAAGAUGGAACUUAUUCCAUCAUCGCUACCAAUCAUUGCUUGGUAUACUCUUUGCUUCAGUACGCUCAUUAAUGCCCCGAUAUACGCGUACUUUAAAUCUGAUUUUCGAAGUUCCUUCAAAAAGUUAUUUAUAUGCAGAAAGGAAGAACGCUUAUUGCGCUCGCUUGAGUUCCCAAAGGAAAAUGGGGAACCGGCACGCAACAAACAACUGACUGUCUCAUAGCUACAUUAUACGGCUUACGUAUUAUACGGCUAAUGCGUAUCUCGUUCAGUAUGGAACAGAAAAUAGCCAGUCUGCUCUCACUGAAGCCAACGAAAGUUUUGGUCCAUUGAAUGAUGAAUAAACCUUUCUAAUAAUGAAUUUGCAUGCAAAUUGCACCAGUUUUGACAAUCUUUGCAAUCACCAGCAAUUUGUGAAUGAAUGGUGGUGAAGCUAUAGCGAAGAAAGUAGAUAUAUACGAAGAAUGAUGACAGUUUGAAAAUCAGCUAGUAUUCCAGACCAGACUGGAAUGAUGAACCGUUGUGGAAAAUUAUCCAAUAACGUAUACGUUUUCUAUGCUACUAGAAGGCCUGUUUAUUUCUGUUUGUUGAAAGGUUAAGACACAUAUUUACUAGGGAGCCAAACCCGGUAACAAGAUAAAUUCCGUUGAGUUUGCCAUGCCCUAAAUUUCAGCCCAGAGGCUGUUUCCGGGGUUCCAUUUGUGAGCUGGCCAUGACCUGACUUGGAUCAGCCCAGAGGUUGUUUCAGGGUUCCAUUUGUGAGCUGGCCAUGAACUGACUUUGAUCAGCCCAGAGGUUGUUUCAGGGUUCGAUUUGCUGUGAGUUAGCCUUGCCCCGCUGACUUAGAACAGCUUAGAGCARGUUGUUUCGGAGUUCGAUCUGGCUCUAAGUCCUGUUAAUCAUGGCAUAACGACUUGGAUCAGUAAUGAGAGCCCAAAAUAGGGUAGCAGGUUGCUUCAGAGUUCCAUCUGGGAGUUAGGCAUAAACUGACUUACCUAGAUCGAACAAAAGGUUGUUUCAGGGUCCAAAAAAAUGCUUGAAAAUUUUCUGAAAACCGCAUAACAAAGAAUCUUGAUCAUGUUAUUGAAGAUGGGAUAAGAUGGGUGAUUAUAUACAGGUAAUAUACACGUAUACAUUAGCCUCGUCAGUGGCAGGCGUUUCGUCCAGUGACUCAGGCACUUGUGGUUAAAUAUCGUCAUAUAUGGACAACAUUAUUUUAGUGAUGCAUUCAACUGCCUACGCCUCAGCU